AUGGUCACUCCAACAACUUAUAUCCUAGGCGACGACCCCAACACAACGCAUCGCUUGAAUGCCUGCUCUUUCCAACAAUCAGCCAUCACAACUUUCUCCGGCCACCAAUACGCUGGCUUCUACACCUCCAAAUUGUCUCUUGGUCCCAGACAGGUCACGCUUGCACGCCAUGAUAUUACCAAGCCUACAUCGCCGUGGCAAUGCUUGACCUUUGAAGAUUACCAGCAGACAACAGAUGACGGACACAACGCCAUCUCCAUUGGCAUCUGCGCCGGCGACGGUACGAUACACAUCGCUUUUGACCAUCACUGCGACACGCUGAAAUAUCGCGUCUCACGACAGGGACUAGCCCACGACACCAGCCCGACAAGCUGGAAGCCAGAGAACUUCGGUCCCAUUCUCAGCCAUCUCCCUGGACAAUCCGCUGACCUGGUCAACGUAACCUACCCUCGCUUCCUCCCCGCAGGGAACGAGCUAUUCUUCGAAUGCCGCAUCGGCAAAGCAGGCGCCGGCUCCGACAUCCUCUACCGCUACGACAGCAAGACAGCACAUUCCGUCCCCCUCGGCACCUAUCUCAUCGGCACCAAAUGCAACCCGUAUCCCAACGGACUCUCCUUCCAUCAAGGCACCAACACCCUCCACGUCACCUGGACCAACCGCCACUUCAUCGACUACGAAGGCGCUAAUGACCACACAUCCACCGCACAUAAAGCACAAGCUGGCCCAAACGGCCCGGAAAACAACGAGGGCCUCUACCACGCCUAUGCCACCAACAGCGGAACCACCUGGCACAGUUCCCGCCGCGAGCUAGUCACCACACCAUCAGGCCUAGAUUCCCAGGACACCAGGCUCCAGGUGAAAGACAUCCCCCGCAACAGCGGGAUCAUGAACCAGGAGGCCCAGCAUGUGGAUGUACACGGGGGCAUCCACGUCCUGAACCGCGAGAGCACGACGGGUCAGGAGAGCUGGGUGCAUUACCAUUGCCCUCCCGACGGGGACGGAGACGGUGGACGAUGGGGUUUCGCUCCGUUGCCGCUUAUCUACCCGACUCCGACUGGGCCUCGCGGGAAGGUCGUCUACUGCGCGAAGACGGAUGCGGUGCUAUUUGUUCUUCCGUCGAAUACCGAGAAUGAGGUUAUUAUCGCGCGGUCGCGGCGAGAUAAUGUGCGGGCGGACUUUCGAGUUGUGUGGCGGGGCGUGGGGUUUGUCGGCGAGCCGUUGGUGGAUGAGGAAGCGCUGUUGGAGUUUGAUGUAUUGUCGAUAUUCAUGCUCAAGGAGACUGAGAUGGGAGGUAGAAAGAUCAUCGUAUUGCAAUUUGAUGUUGAUGAUCUGGUGUAG